AAUGAAACUCGUGAGUUUUUGCAGAAAAUCCGUGGAGCAAUGUCGUUGAGCAAGCAGGAACAUCCAGAUGAUCGUAUUUCGGCUCUAGACUUUCUUGGAGGACAUCUCAAAAUUGGAGUUACUAAACCACGUCCCCAAAUACGUUUUGAUUUGUCGAAACGUCAUGUGGAUUUUGGAUUCAACAUCAAGCAGUUCUUCACGACUCGAAUCGGAAAACCAAAAGAGUUGAAUAAUGAGAAGUUGGCGGUGAUUCAGGAAGUAAUUGAAGAAGAACAGUUUCCAUGGCUCGAUCUUCCAGUUGGACUUCGCGAGCAAAUCAUUCACAAAAUGCCUUUAAAAUCAAGAAUCAGCCUGGCAGCCACAUCUAAAGGAGAACGAUAUCUUGUACAGAAUAUGAAAGUGGAAUGCAAACUUUUUGUCAUGGAUGAUGUGAGCCGUCGUACUUCAAAUCUUCUUCGUUAUCCAGAUCUUCAUUGGAGAGUUUUCUCAAGACCUGGUAAAAGAUACUUUUUGAACUUCAUCUGCGAUUGGCAGCACGAUAUUGCAAUUUGCUUCUGCGAGGAGCGUCGAACGCUUCUUGGAAGAUCAGGCGCUACAAAAGUGUACUGGUUAACCCCGGGAGGAAAAAUCAAGAAGACUGUAAUUCCAAAUAUAAAUGCAUUUGAUCUUGCCGUGCAAACCGCCAAAGACUUUUUCAAAAUUAUCACUGAGGACUGUAAGAAAUCGUCUCUCGCUUUGCCCGGGUGGCCAGAAAAAGUUUUUGAGAUUCCGGAGCUUCAGAAGAGCUUCAUUAUCGGAUCCAGCUAUGAUGACGUUGAGUCAAUCCAUAAAACAUAUGAUUUCUUCCAACCAUAUUCAUUUGAUGUCUAUAUGCAUAAAACCGCUAUAAAGUAUCUUUGGCCGUUCUCAUUGCUUACUGUAGCUCGUCACGGACUGAUUGAUUGGUUCAAGAUGCGUGCAAACGAUCGUUCUCUUUGUGAUCAAAUGCUUGAUAAGGAUCUUCGAAUUCUCAUUCUUCAUGACUCUUUUGUUAGCCAAGAAAGAAUGCGUGACUAUAUUGACAAAUGGGCACACGGUGGUGUUUCCGAUAAGUUCUGUUGGUGGGCUAUAAGUACUCAUCUCGAAUUGGAAGUAGAAGAAGUGAUUGAUCGACUAAUUGUGGAGUUUGUUGAAGCUAAAUAUGGACCUAAAUUCUGUAUUGCUGAAGAGAACCCGAAAAAGCCGCAACCAGUGCAAACUGUAAAAAUGGUAAGAUAUGUAGUGUACAGCGCCUUGGAUCCAACAAAGAUUGCACAUUUGUACAUUCGGGAUAAAAUGGUACUCUUCGCGAAUACUGGAUGUGCUCCAAGAAUUGACGAAUAUGGAUUAAUUACUUACAGAACUAGAUCAGGAAUUAACGAAACUCAAUUCUAAUUUUUUUUUGUAUUUUUUGAAUUUCUCUGAUUUUCCGUGAAAACAUAUUAUAUUCCUAAUUAUCUCUUCAUAAAAUUGCAUGGAAAAAAUUGUUA